UGGAAAAGUAUGGCCCAAAGAAGAGUGUUUUACAGAUAUCUGAUUAUUGACAGCGAUACCAGAUUCACAACGGAGGUUCCCCCAGCAAGCAAAUUUGAUAACACCUUUAUAUUUGAGAACAAGUUAGAGAUUCAUCAAGAACUUUUCCCAGGUGAGGAUCUAGGGAAUUCUUUUCUUCAUGAAGGAGGCUUGGAGCAAAUGGCUGUCAUCUACAAGGAGAUUCCUCUUGGAGAGCAAGAUGUGGAAUGGGAGGAUUUUGGGGGGAAUUUCCACCUGUGCUUAAGCCCCAUUCAUCAGAGGAUUACCCUUGGAGGCAGAUCUCAAGGUGAGGAUCCACUUGUCCAAACUUUACUUCAGAAAUCCAACUCCAGUGUCUCUCGGAUAAUCCACAGUGGAGAAGGAAGCAGGCAGGGUAAGUCACGACUCAAUGCACCUCACAGAAGCCUGCAUCCCACUAAGCCCUAUGCUAGUAAUGAGUGCGGAAAGGCCUUCAGCCAGAGCUCCCACCUUCUCUGACACUUGGUCAUCCACACUGGGGAGAAGCCCUACCAAUGCCAAGAGUGUGGGAAAGCCUUUUGCCAGAUCUCAGCCCUCACCCAACACCAGAAAAUCCACACAGGGAAGAGGCCCUAUGAGUGUAGGGAAUGUGGGAAGGAUUUCAGCUGGAGCUCUAGUCUCCGAAAACAUGAGAGAAUUCAUACCGGAGAGAGAUCUUCUCAGUGUAAGGAAUGUGGGAAAGCUUUCAUCCAGAGUUCAGGCCUUAGCCAGCAUCGGAAAAUCCACAUCCUUAAGAAACCUCAUGAAUGCGACCUCUGUGAGAAAGCCUUCUGUCACAGAUCCUACCUCAUCCGGCACCAGUGGAUUCACACAGGGAAGAAACCUUACAAGUGUGAAGAACAUGGGAAGGCAUUCAGCCAGAGCUCCAACCUCAUCGAAUAUUGGAAGACCCACACUGGUGAGAAACCCUACAAAUGUCAUAAGUGUGAGAAGGCCUUUAGCCAGAGUUCCUCACUCAUCGAGCACCAGUGGAUCCACACUGGGGAAAAGCCCUAUGAGUGUUGUCACUGUGGCAAGACCUUUUGCCACAGCUCUGCACGGAUUCAGCACCAGAGGAUCCAUCCUGGCAAGAAGCCGUACACCUGUGAGUGUGGCAAAGCCUUCAGACACAGGUUGGCUCUCAUUGAGCAUUAUAAAACCUAUUCCAGAGAGAAGCCCUAUGGAUGUAAUCUGUGUGGCAAGUCUUUCCAAGGAAGCUUACACCUUAGCCGCCAUCAGAAAAUCCAUGCUAGUGGAAAUCUGGAGAAGGGGAAUAUCCAUCAUCACUUGGAAGCCUUUACAUAGCUUUGCCUCUCUGACCCUACCUGUCUCCCUGAGAACAAAGGCCCAUGAGGCCCUUCUGGACGUCCCCACUGGCAGGAAGGCAUCUUGUUAAGCUUGCCACACUCAGCAAGUUUCUCACACGAAAGGAAUGGUGGGACUACUGGGAGGCAAGCCACGCACACAGAGCUGGCUUCAGUCCUCUCAUUCUCAUAUUUGACUCCCAAGCCUAUGAGAUUUCAUUUUACCCUCUCUUCCACUCUUCUCAGAGUCCAAAGGAAGUAUAAACAUUGAGGAAAAGAGUUGAGUUAGUCUCA